UGUUUACCAUCAGCUGUUAUUGUUUUGGUUUUGCGGAAUUGAUUACAAAUAAUUUUGGAAAAUGACAAGAAAACUUAAAGAAUAUUAAGAUAACCAAUUAAUUGAACUAACUAAUAAGAAGCAAAAAAUCCUUUUAAUCUAAAAUGACCAAGAUACCAAAAGCAGCACUUAGUCUAAAGCAGUUUAUGCUGCGCCAAGAGGUCCUGAAGCUAUACCGGGAAAUCUUCCGCACCAUCCGUCAAGUUCCCGACAAAAACAGCCAGCUGGAGCUGCGAUCCUGGGCACGACACGACUUCCAGACGAACCGCCACAAAAGCGACGAGGUGGCCAUCAAGAUGCUCCUCCAGCAUGGCAGACGCAGCCUCACAGAACUCAAGACCAGCCUCCACUUGAGCGGGGUGAGCGAGGGCAAAUAGGAAAAAUCUUAAACCGAAAUCUUAGCUUAAUUUGAUUUUAUUUUUGAGCUCGACAACCGUACGAAAAUAAAUACGAGUUAGGACUAAGGACUAAGACAAAA